CUGGGAGGACAGUACAGUAGAAUUUAUCGACGUCAGAACAGACGGAUCCAGCCGACUGCAGGGCCAGCUGCACUGGAAGAGGAUCAGUCUUCAGCGGCUCAGCCUUCUGCACUGCAAGAAUUUGUCACACCAGCCAUCACUGUCACACAUCCAGCAGAGGAGUUGGGAAGUGAGGAAGUUUCAGAGAUAAUUUUUCCCGAGGAGCAUGUGAGUGGGGAGGAGGAAGAGCAGCUGAAC